AUGACCAUUGCUACCAACUUCAAUGCACAAGAUUUGGUUGAUAGAUCCAAAGAGCUGGCCAAGAUUUUGAAUGCAUCGUUUGUUUUGGAGACUCAAGGUUCUGUUAAGAUAACGGCACCAUCUCGCACUGUGCGUUACUCCUCUGAGCAAUAUAUGAGUUGCUCAGUGACGAAAAGCCUGGGAGUGGAAGCGGAGUGGAUUCUGGAAACGGACACCGUAGAUAAAAUAACAGAUGGCACAGUGUCAGUUGUGACAUCAACAAUGAAAAAUUCCACACUCAAACUCAGAAAUGUAACAGAGCACUGGGCAGGACUGUACACAUGUACCUACGAGCAAAAAUUAGACAACAUAACAAUAUUACACAAGGCAAGCACUACUUUGGACGUGUCUCUCCUGCCAGACAUCUACAUCUCUGCAUCUCCAUCAUUUCCACGCUGCCAUAAGUCUGCCGCUGUCCUUCUGGAAAUCACGUUAUUUAUGAAGCUGAGACAUUAUUUGGGUGUGACGAAGUUCCAAGCUGCUGACAGUGGACUUGGCCUACUAGAUCAAAAUGCUGCCAAUGUGUUUCAACGUCUUGAAAAAGUCACUAAUAACACAAAGACUAUCAACACAUUUUCCAAUAUGGAUGCAUCUGUUGAAGUACUCACCAGUUUGAGUACCAAGCUGCAGGCAAAUAAUGAAAUCAUAAUCAAUGACACAACAGUGAAUAAUGUUCUGCAGUCAUCUAGCAAUUUGCUGGAGAAAUCUCUUGAAAGUACAUGGAACGUAACUGAUGAGACAGAAAAUGUGACAUUGGCUGAGAGAUAUCUGAGUUCUGUUGAGCAGUUAAUUGAGGUGACAAAUACAACAAAUGACUAUAGUAAAUCAAAUCUAGAGUUAAAAGUCAACAAUUGCAAUGGGACAAUCUGUCACAACAAUGUGUUUGGUGUCAAUGUCUCUCUUAGUAAAAUAAACCCUGACAGUGUAAAAACAGCCGGGUUUAAACAACUGAACGAGUAUUUGCCCGAUUUGGAUGACUACCUGACUAACAGCAUUGUUGUGUCAACAAGUACUGGCACAAAGCAAAAAGAUAACCUUGAAAUUAAACUUACAUUUCCAUUACUCACUCGAAGGACUCGCAACUUCGAGAUGAAAUGUGUUGCAUGGAACAAUAAUACCGGACAAUGGUCAGCAGACGGAUGUAAGUGGGGUGGUCCAUGGAAUGAGGGAGAGUGCACAUGCUUUCAUUUGUCCUCAUUUGCUAUUUUAAUGUCAAAGGAACCAUUGAAAACGGUUGGGCUAACUGAGUUAACUUACUUUGGACUGUCUGUAUCGAUCGUGUCACUCAUUCUCAGCCUCGCGAUAGAACUGGCUGUCUGGAAUUCUUUAGUUAAGUCAGAUGCUUUAUAUUUACGGCAUACUGCCCACAUAAACAUUUCUCUUUGUUUGCUGAUUGCAGAUUGCUGUUUUGUAGCAUCUUCUAAGCCAGAGGAUAUUAGUCAAAUCUGGUGUAGGACUUCUGUGGUGUUGAAGCAUUUCUGUUAUCUGGCCAUGUUCUUUUGGAUGUUGUGUCUGAGCACCACGAUUCUUCAUCAAACUGUUUUCCCUUUCCAUAUUGUGAGCAAGAAGAACUACCUGAGGUUCGCCUUAAUCUUGGGCUAUGUGUGUCCGUUUCUUAUCGUUGCUAUCACGUUUCUUACCAAUGACGCUGGUGCCGAAGGAAAAUACUACUCCAAGGAGACAUGUUGGCUGAUUUAUGACAGCUUGUUGUCAGGGUCCAUCCAUACAUUUAUCAUACCAGUUGGUAUAAUUGUUUUUGUCAACAUUUUCUGCAUGGCGGUGGUAAUCAUGAAGCUUUUGGAACAUCCUAAGAAUAUAGUGAAAUGUAAUGGGAAUGAAAAAGCAGCUGUCAAAACGGUCAUGAGGUCCGUUAUCCUUCUGACUCCAAUCUUUGGUGGGACAUGGAUUCUUGGAUUUGGUGUAACGAUUCUUGACCUUUCAUAUGGUCCGUUAGCCGAUGUGGUCAAUUACGCCUUUACCCUGAUGAAUUCACUCCAGGGUCUUUUCAUUUUGGUGACCACGUGCUUGGGGGAAAAACGGACACGUGAAGCACUGAUGAAACGUCUCAGAAAAGAUGUUGUUGCAUCCAUCACAGACAGUUCCACAAAGUUAGACUCACCAUGGAAGAAGUGAAAACGUGUACUCUUCAAUCAUGAGGAACUACAUUUACAAACAAAACCAAUGAUAUUAGCUUAAGCUACAUUUUACUCUGAUGUGAUUUUUGUUGUUUAUUUUAAUUCAUUAUUUUUGAUGGACGUAACUGCACAACUUCUUAAUGUUUGUUUAGAGCUGUAUAUCUGUGUUUUGGACAAAAUUAGAAAAUGAUACUGUUUGAUAAUCCUGAAAUUAAGCCUUAAUUAAUAUAAAAAUGCGAUUUGAGCAAUACUGUAUAGUAAAUUACACGUUUUUGAUUGUUGCUAAAGCACUUUAAUGCUAUAACACUGGCAAUUAAAAGGCUA